UUUAUUUUGAAACUCCCUACCGGAACCUGUGUGUUCAACUGUAUUUGUUUGAAGCUGUUUGUUUACAGGUGCGAUUUAUCGGAGAAAUGUCCUAAAACAAGCUGCAUUUAAUCACUUUCAUUCAGCAUAAUGAAGCUGAGGGUUCGGAUCCUCCGUCAGACGAGCCGGGUCGAGUUAUCUGGAGAAGACCCGAGUCUGAAGGAGCUCUCAGACCUGAUCAGGGACACGCUGGUGUCCAAUCACGGACUCAGGUCGGACAGUGAGUUCAGUUUGUCUCUGAACGGCUCUGAGCUUCUCUCCGUCUCCGGGCAGACUCUGUCCUCCUGUGGCAUCGUGUCCGGAGACCUGAUCUGCGUCCUGAUGCCCGACUCCACGGAUCCAAACCCAAACCGCUCCACAACCAAAUCCUCCUGCAGCUCCAACACAUCUAACUACCAAACCUGCUCCUCCUCCUCCUCCUCCUCCUCCUCCUCCUCCUCCUCCUCCUCCUCCUCCUCCUCCUUCACCUCCUGCAGCUCCAAUGCUUCCUAUGAAUCCUGCAGCUCCUCCAGCAGCUCAGAGACCCAGCAGCCGGCCCUGACCUCCGGCCCAGUGAGAGUUACCUGUGGAGCGUCUGAUGAUGAUCCUGCAGCAGCCUCUCCCCCCCCGGAUGAUUUACCCCCCCGUUACUGCACCUGGGAGCCCAUGCUGUGCAGCGAGGCGGGGGAGGCUCAGGCUCCUCUCUCUCUGGAGCUGCUCCACCUCGCUGCCCUCCCCUCCAGCCCCGGGGACGCCCUCAUGGUGGCAGCUCACCUGCUGAUGCUGGAGACCGGAUUCCUGCCGCAGGACUGUGCUACAGGUCAGAUGCCUGCAGGAUGGAGGUCUCCUGCUGUCUAUAGGCUGCAGUACUCUCACCCUCUGUGUGAAAACAGCCGAGUCAUGGUGCUGGCUGUUACCAUGGGCCCUGAACUCGUCAUCAACGCGACUCUGAAAGUGGGGGAGAAGGUGGACACCGUCCCCAAACUGUGUGUGAAGCCGGACAGAUUCCUCACCCCCCAGUGGAGAGGGGAAAGUGCGGCCGCUGCGUUCAAAGACCUGAACAAAUUGUCUCGUCUCUUCAAAGAUCAGCUGGCCUAUCCUCUGAUCGCUGCAGCUCGAGCAGCGAUGUCCCUCCCGGUGGUGUUCGGGCUCCCCGCCCUCCCCCCCGAGCUUCUGCUGCGAGUCCUCCGGCUGCUGGACGUCAAAUCAGUGCUCAGCGUGUCCUCCACCUGCAGACACCUGCACAGCUGCAGCCAGGACGCCUCGCUGUGGAGACACCUCUUCCAGAGAGACCUCCGAGGUGCAGAACCCAGCAGAGACGUGGACUGGAAGGAGCUGUACAGAACACACUACAAACAUCGAUGUGAUCGGCUGAGACGGAUCCGUCACCCCCGGCCCUUCAUCCUGCCCCCGCUCCCCGUUAAUCCCCUGCCCCCCAUGUACCCCCCACUGCCCCCAAUGUACCCCCCCCUGCCCCCCGGCAUCAUUGGUGGGGAGUACGACCAGCGACCCGGCCUACUCCCCCCCCGCCCUCGCUACGACCCCAUCCACGGCGUCCCGCCACUGCCAGACCGUAGACCCAGGGCGGGGGGGUGGAGACCUGCGGACGUCCGGAGGGGCUUCAUCUGAGCGCUUCUUCUUCUGCAGAAAUAAAACGGCACAGAUCUAAACUGAUUAAUCUGAACGAGGCUUUUGUAACUUCUUUUAAUAAAAUAACUGGUUCUGAUGUUGCUCUGAUUGUAAUAUUACUAUAUCCAUCAUUCUGCUCAUAAAACCGAGUCUGUUCUGAUUGGUUUGCUCUGUUCUGAUUGGUCAACCCCUUAGCAAUGUCCCGCCCCUUAGCCUGUCACUUACAAUGUGUUGGAGAAAUGUCGACUUAUUAUGGUUUGUGUUAUACCCUCUGAUUUAUUUCCUAAUUAUUUUUUGACCCCCAAAUUAAUUUGAUUUUAAAGGGGUACAAACUAAAACUACUAAACUUCAUUAAAAUUACAAAAAAUAAACUUCAUAUAUUUUC